CAAAGCCUCCUGCUAGCCCCCCGUCUCCACCAUCACAACCAGAUAUGGCCGAGAAGGACUGGGAUGAAGCCUACUUUGUGAUGCCAAAUCCAUUAGAAUGCUUCACCAAACUCAUACUCCUCCAAGCAGACUUGAUCUACAACUGCUUCGUCACUCUCUUCUCUCCCAUCUUCUGGCUUCACUCCAUCGUCUCCGAGUCCUACCGUCGUGCCGAGGAAACCAAAGACGCCGUCGAAUCCGCUGUCCGGAAAGUCCCCUCCACCAUCGCCCAUGGCAUCGCCGUCUUAAUAAAGAAGCUGAUCUAUGGGUUUCUGGGAGCUAUGUACGUGUGCAUGGUUUUGACGGUGCUGUUGGUUCUGGCUGUCGUGGUGGGUGUUGGAUUGGUAGAAUUGUGGGUUGAACAUCCUGUCUCUGUGAGGGAGAAGUUGUAUUUUGAUUACACUGAGCCUCAUCCCAAGGCUGUGUUUUGUCUUGGUAAUGUUGGGUUUGAAAGAUUUAGCAGGAGGAAGCAGUUGUUUAUGGCUGUUCCGAGAGGCCACACAUUUCUUGUUUCUUUGGUGCUUUUGAUGCCUGAAUCUGACUUCAAUAGGAAGAUUGGCGUGUUCCAGUUGUCUGCAGAGCUGUUAUCAAUAGAUGGAGCCGUGAUAGCGAAGUCCAGCCAACCCUGCAUGCUGCGGUUUCGAAGUUUCCCAAUUCGACUCACUCGGACAGUUCUUCUUUUCAUUCCUCUUUUACUUGGAAUCUCCAGCGAGACCCAGAAGAUGACCAUAGAUAUAUUAAAACACAAGGAAGGAAUACAAAGAACCAAGGCAGUACGAGUAACUUUGGUUCCGAGGGCAGGAACUUCAUCUGUACCACAGCUGUAUGAAGCUGAAAUUCUCAUCCAGUCUCAGCCGCCAUGGACGAAGAAAUUGGUUCGAAACUGGAAAUGGACAUUCUACGUGUGGACGUCUUUGCAUGUAUACAUUAUGUUGCUUAUGGUUCUUCUAUUCUGUUGUAAAAAACUCUUCUUCCCCAUGGCAGCAGCGGCGGCUUUAAGUGAUGGUAAAGAUCAGGAGGAACUUAAAAUGGAAGAACCUGCAGAAAUAAGUAUCCGUGAUAGAGAUGAUAGAGAGAUCUCAGAGUUUUUGAGAAAAUGGAAACAGAGGAGGAGCAAGAGAAAGGCAGUCUAUUUGCAUGAGGCCAUGCCAGAAAGUAAAUUUGACUCAUCAAAGACGACCAUUACUGUUAGAAGAGAAGGCAGUAGCAGUACAGCUGUCGAAGAUGUUGGGGACUCUGAAUCAGUGUGUUUAGGAGGUCAUUAAGUGGGUUUGGGUUAGUAGUACAUCCCAUGCAUACCAACCGAUGACAUCUAGCUUUAAUCGGUGGAGAGCAUUACCUAAAAGUGAAGUCAUGUGUUUUUUUAACUUGAAUAAUUAAGUACUGAGUUAGAUUUUCUUUCUAAUCAAUCAAAGUGUUUUCGAGUGCA